UGGAAAAAAAAGUCUCGGAUACUCUCUGUGUUCUCUGACAGCACUGUUUAAAGAUAUGAACGAAUGGACUACUGGCUAACAGUAUGUUUCUGUGUGUUGUGUGUGUGUGUGUGGCGGCAGCUCCUGUGGUGAACGUGAGUGAUUACAGUCAAGCUGCAGGUGCUGGAGAAAACGGCCCGGCUCUGGAGCUCAACUCCGACUCUAAGUCUCUCUUCAUGUUCCCAUUCUCCCCGUCCUCCUCCACCCUCUCCUCCCUCCCGCCGACCCUCGACACCAUCUCUGAGCUGGAUGUGUUGUCUGACAUCUCCGAGGACGAGCCCGACCUCCACCUCGAGCCUGACUCUGAGCCUCUGAGCUGGCAGGCCCAAGACUCCAGCAGCUGCUCAGCUGGCAGUGGCGAGGGUUUGUCCGCUCCGUCGUUUUCGCCCGCGGAGUGUGUCCCAGGGUCUGAAGAGCCGCAGGCCCCCUCAGCGCCCCGCUCCGCCCUGCCCCGGCUGGGUCUGGCCAUGCUCAGCUUCUGUAAGGGUCUGCGUCUGCCCUCACUGCUGGAUGAGGACGGUUGCAUCAGUCUGCCCCUCUCCUCCCCUUCCCUCCUGCCCUCUUUCCUGCUCAUCUUCGCCGUCUUCCUCUCCGCCUGCCAGUCGGUGGCGCUGUCUCUGCUGCUGGCGCUGCCUCUGGCCCUGUCCCUGUGCUACCUGGAGCCGAAAGCACUCGCGCGCUUCAGGUCAGCAGAGGUCACGGCUGAGACGAGCUCUCCAGAGGAAAUGCAGUGUGACCCCGCCGCCUAAAAUGACCCCUGACCUCCCCGUUCCUGUCUCCAUGUCUGCCUGCCUCCUAAACGCUACUGUGUGUAUUUUGUUGCCGUUUGCCUUUCCCUUUAGCUCUUCCCUUCCAGUGCCAGAUUUUCAGUGUGAAAUGCAGAUUAGUCGCUGCGCUCUGAUUCUAGCUGUUUAAAUCAGCAACAUUCCAGUGGGACCCUAUUCAUAGUCCACAUCCUGACUGAAAAAAACCUCUUUCCCCGCACUUCAGCUGAAGCGUUUAUUAUAUCAGACCUGAACCCGAAUCACUCGACCAGCUUUAAUCUUACACUAAACAGCAGAUUUAUACGCAUUUUGGAUAGAUUUCCCUCUUGAGCUUAUUAUAGUCCUUCAAGUAUUUUAUAAGAGUCUCAAACAGAAAA